UAACCAAUGCAGAAGUCGAGCAACAACAGCCAGCAGCUGUAGCAAAAAGGGUUUAUCAAUCCGAAAUCUCCCAGGCCUGUCGAGCAGCAAAAUGGAGGAAGAAGCUGGUAUCUCACGCCUCGUCGGAAGAAUAGUGGAAAAGGGUUUCUCCGCUACCACCACCAGACCUAGUGACAAGAACCCUCCUGGCCCUUACUCUCUCCCUCGCCUCACUGUUGUUCCUUUCCCUCUUGCUCGCCACCGCUCACAUGUUCCUCAUUGGGCUCCGUUGGGUAGUCAAAUGCAACAUAAUGAUGAUGUAGAUGAUGACAAUGAAGAUAAAGAUGAGACUGAUUUUGAUCCUAUAUCGGCUUUUGCCAAUCCAAUACAUAGGAAACAGAAGAAAGGUUUGAAUUUUGAUCCUAUAUCUUUAUCUAAACUCAGGCAGAAGUUUUUCAGUCUUCCCCAUCCCCCAACCCAAUUCUGCACUCUUUUGGACUUUGAACUACUCACUAGCUAUGAACUCUUUACAGUUGUCCAUCCAAACUCCCACCAUGUGCAAGAGAGUGUCAUUGGAGCUGAUUCCUCUUCAAUGUCGUUGGAGAGGAUCUGGACACAAGCUGCAAAAGACGAUUCACACUCUGAGGUUGGUGAAAAGAUCCAUAUUGCAAAAGAAACAGCUGCCAAGGAUGGAGGGACAUGA